GGAGUGUUAGUUUACCUGAAAGAAUUUACUUUUGGAUCUCAAGACAACAGAUCCCUAUAAGCUGGGAACCUAUUGUUCCUCAUUCUUUUUUUGUGCAGUCCGCAUCUUGAUCCUUUUUCUUGUGACUCAUUCAGCCCGUUUUGUUUGAAGUUUUGAGCCGGUGAAGGCACCGGAGACGGCCAUGUUGGAUCUCCUCAGAGUUCUGGCGUUGACCCGUCUUCACCCAUCGCCCCACAGCACCUGGCUGCCCACCUAACUCCUCUCCCUAUCACUCUCCUUCUUCCUGCGCCUGGCCGGGAGAAAGGUCCUUGGUCGCCAUGUCCUAUGCACACCACAAGCUGCUCACCUGGAGCUUACCUCACCUCCUCCUCCUGACGUUGACCUACCUCUUAGUCUUGUCUUCUCCCACAGGUGUUUCAGCAAAUCUGUGCCGGGUGACUGGCGGGGUGUUGGGGAUGCACUGGAGCAGCACCAUCGGCCUUGGAUGGCACUCUCUGGCCAAAGGGAGAGGCGGGGCCACCUGUUGGGAGGCCUGCUGCUUGAACCCCAGCUGCACUGCUGUGUGGAGCCUCGGGGGGCAGUGUGUGUUCCUCCGCUGCACCAGGAAGUCGGGGUGCCCCAUCAACACCCUGCCCCAACCCCACCAGGAGUCCCUCGGCCUCCUUCAGCUGCUCUCAAAGACCCCGACCAUCAGAGCAAGACUUAGAAGAGCUCUUCCCGGAGAACACACAGGAGACCAAACCAAAACGGAAAGUCACAAACAGGAAGCAGGUCACCCAACUCCCACAGAACCCAGCACCGUCGCCCAGGAGACCCAUAGCCAGUUAGCCAAUGGGAGCGCAGACAAUGCUCCGGCUCCUUCCCAGCAGAACUCAACGGACACCGUAGAUGUUGCUGCGUCUUCCAAUGGCAGUUCCGUCAUGACGCCUCCAAACACAGCUGCAGAGGCCUCCAUCACACCUCCAACUCAUGCCGGUAAGAACGCUACUGUCUGCAGCAGUUAG